AUGGCAAUGCUAAUUGAAGCUAAUAAAACAUCCUCGAAUGUAAGUUUGGAUGAGAGAAAUCUAAGUGGAUCAGAGCGAAUUUUUCAUGGCGUAACACAUAAACCGCAAUUAUUUGCAUUUCUGUAUAAUAAACGUUAUGCAAAUUUGAAUACUUUAUUUUCAUCAGUUGAUUUAAAGGCUAACCGAGAACAAUUGCUCUAUGUAAUUUUAGUUCUAUUGGCUUUUUACUUGUUAUUUGGAUGUUUUGCUGAGCUAAUUUGUAACAUUUUUGGAUUUGCUUAUCCAGCUUAUGCAUCUGUUAAAGCAAUUCGUACACCAAAUAAAGACGAUGACACACAAUGGCUAAUGUAUUGGACAGUUUUUGCUACAUUUUCUAUAGCUGAUUCUAUUGCAUCUGUAAUUACACAUUUUUUUCCCAUAUAUUGGAUAUUUAAGGUGUGA